AUGAUAUUAUAUUUAAAUAAAAAUUUAUAUAUUAUAUAUAUAAUUAAAUAUAUAUAUGGAUUAAAUUUGUAUAAAUUUAAUUUAUUAUUAAAUUUAAAUAAUAUAAAUAUUUUUAAUAUUAAAAAUAAUAUAAUAAAAGUUAAAUUAAGUUUAUAUAGAUUAAAUAUGUAUAUUUAUAAGAUUUUAAAAAAUAAAAUGAAUAGUAUUAUUAUUAAUAAAAUUAAAAAAUUUAAUAUAAAAUGA